UCUCUCUAACAGCACCACGCACUGUGGCCACGAGGACUGUCUGCUUACCAUAGACUUGCGCAUCAAGUACUGGAGCCGAAGACGCUGCCAUACUAAACUACUUUGUAACCAUGAGUGAGAGACAAGGAUCCGGAGCCAUGACGGCCAACAGCAAAGCUUCUGCUGGACAGGGGCGUCAAGGUCGCCAGGAAACCCCAUCAAAACACGAGAAGAAGGAAGUCCCAGCCGAGGACUUUGACAUCGACAUGAAGGCCCCGGAGACGGAGAAGGCUGCCGUUGCCAUCCAAUCACAAUUCAGGAAGUUCCAGAAGAAGAAGCAGGAUGUGAAGUCCUAGAGAGGGCGGGGCAGGGCGGGGCCAGACAGUCCCGUUAGCCGCUGGCUGGACCGCACCAGUUAGGGGCUUGGUUUUGCAUGUCAAAUGAAACUGCACCAUUAUGGACUCAACUGAGGGGUUGGGGAGGGGCGGGAAAGGAGGGCUGGGUGUUGAAGUGUCGAGGGAGGGUGUGUGUGUGUGUGUGGGGGGGGGGUGGUUAGGGGUACACUGAUACUGUAUCUUUGUGAAAUUCUAUGUGUAACGUAUGACUUGAUUGCUGUAUCCAUAGAUCAUGUUUGUGUUCUGAACACAUCCUGAUCUUUCCUAUGAUUUUGCUAUUUCAGUUUUGUAUUGAUUAUUGUAAUUCUUCUCUCUCUCUCUAUUAUACAGUUGCUGUAGCAGCCAAACCCUUAGUGGUCCAUUCAUUAUAUAUUAUUCAGUGUAAUAUACUUUGAAUUGUAAUAUGCUUGAUGAGUAAUUGGGAUCAUCAAACAAUUGAGAUGACACAAUGGUUUAUUUCACCCUGAGGCAGAAAAUGUAGCCAAAUAUAUAGUUCCGAUUGAUCAUCAUAUUCAGGACAUGAUCGUACAUUGGCAUUUGUUUCAGACGGGCCUCGUAAAUCUAAAGACUCCUUCUCCCAGGGAGGGUUGCUAAUGGCGUCUCCCCCUCGGUGAAAGCAAUCCCAGGCAUUACCGCUCGUCUGCUUGAUUUCCUCACUGUGGCCUGUGCUCACACUCCUGUAUGACUGAUGCAUUUACAAUUGAAUCAACGGGUCAAAUUUGCUUUCCGACCUCUUUUUCUGUGACAGAGCUAAAUCCAGGGCUUACGUCAUUAUUUAUGUCAGACUUGUGGAUCUACUUCCCUCAAACAUUGAUGUUUGUUUGCCUUUAUUUUGUAUUUUUUUGACACUGAAUUUAGUUUUUGGACUGUGUGUUUUUAUUGAUAGAUCUUGUGCUUGUGGUUCAAUCCCUUUUGUUUCUCAUCAAGGCUUUGUUUGACCCAAAUAUGUGAGAAAAAGAUCAGCCAUAAUUUGGUAGAUGGGAAAAAUAUAUAUAAAUAUGUAU